AUGAGAAAGGCAGCGCUGAUGGUUUGGAUCAGCUUCUUACUGCAAGGUCAGUUCUGCACGCACAAAUGUGUUUUCUCUGAUUUGAUUUCUGCUCUCACAAUCAUCUGUUUCACCCUCUAUUCUCAGUUUCAGAUGGCGCUCAGGGUCAGUACGCCCGCAAACUUCUGACUGACCUGAUGGAGGACUACUCCAACGCUCUGAGACCUGUAGAGGACACGGACAAAGCUCUAAAUGUGUCCCUGCAGAUCACUUUAUCACAGAUCAAGGACAUGGUGAGUAAAAAAUAUUUAUGUUGUUGUAUAGCAUUUUUCAAGACACGAAAAACGUUUCCCUGGGUACAUAAAAACCUGGUUGAUAUCCACACAUACAUUUCCUUUUAUUCUGAGACAUUACCAAGUUAUUAGUGAGAGACAGAGGAGGACGAAGUUCAAGACCUGUAAUUUUGAAGUAUUUAUGCUCAUAAAUAAGCAUGAAAUAGCUUUCUUUGAGGCUUGUGUUGAAAAAAAUGAAACAUCUACUGAGAUAAACAGUAAAUGAACAAAUCAGUCUGAGGUAAAGACACUCCGUGCAGUAAAAUUAUAAAGAUAUAAAUGGUUUUCUGGAGGUAAUCAUUAAAAAAUCUUCAGUAUUGACGAAAAUUUGUGAAGGGACAUGAAUCGAAACUGAACAGUUACUUAUUUCACAUAAAACUUCUUGUCUGUAGUAGAGGACUCUAGUGUUAGUCGUACUGCAAGUGAUUUAAAACAAAGGUGUUGGCACAAAACAAAGGUCUGUUUUUUUAUAUAUAUAUGUUUUUUUUAUUAGCUGUUAUCUGUUUUGUUUGAUUAGUCUUAAAGUGUGUAACUUUUACUUUUGACACAGCGGACAGUUUGUAAUGUUUUUCAGUGGGUUGCAUAAUACCAGUGACUAAUAAACUGGCUUUGUGUUGUAAAUGGCGGGAGAGUUUCAGUGUUUCAUUCUUCCUUCUACCUAAAGCAUUACAUACAAACAUAACUAAUGUGUCACUUUUACACCAUGAAACUAAAAAAACGAACACAGCUGCCUUCAGUCUCCUUUUCUUUAGAGAAAACAGGGACAACACUGAAUGGCAUUGUGUUGAAAUAUAAAGUAAAGAUAUAAGAUUUUAGUUUUUUUUCUUUUAUAUUGUAAUGUUGUUUUGUGUUUGUGCGUCUAUCUGUAUAGGAUGAGAGGAACCAGGUAUUAACCACAUACCUGUGGAUCAGACAGGUCUGGCAUGACGCCUACCUGAAGUGGGACAAGGAAGACUAUGAUGACCUGGAGAUGAUCAACAUACCCAGUGACCUGGUUUGGAAGCCGGAUAUAGUCCUCUACAACAAGUCAGUAACAAGAGACCCACAGAAAACAGGGGGAUGAGUUAACGAUGCCAUAGAGUCAGCUUAAACGUUCUUAUCUUUGUCCAUGUAGAGCAGAUGAGGAGUCUGGAGGUGCACCCAGCACCAAUGUCAAGCUGAGAUAUAACGGGGAGCUCAUCUGGGACUCUCCUGCCAUCACAAAGAGCACAUGCGUGGUGGACGUCUCUUACUUCCCCUUUGACUGGCAGCAGUGCAACCUUACCUUUGGCUCCUGGACCUACAACGGCAACCAGGUGUGUUUAAAGAUGGGGGGCAGGGAAGAAAGAGAAGAGACCACAUCCCCUGUCUCAUUUCAGCUUUUGAUUAAAUCUAUUUUUUUCCCUGAUAAGUUCAAUACACACACAUACACAAAUCCUCCACACAUCUGUACCACAACCUUUUCUCACAAUGACCAUGACUGUCAGUUUUGUGACACGAGUUCAGUAAAAGGUAUGCUCACAGAAAUCCCAAAAUAAAGCAACAUAUUUUAUAAUUUUAGGCAGAGAAGAACUGUGUAAAUAUAGAGGGCAGAAGAGGUCUUAUUUAGUUUAUACAUGGGUUUCCAUGUUUUACCUUUGUUAGAACAGAGACACCAGAUUGUUUACAAUGUAUGCGGGUAUAGUGUGUUAAUUUAUGUUUGCGCUUGUAAUCAGUACGGCUCAUGUACCAGCUGCAGGUCUCCCACAGAGGCAUCUGUUUUUGGCUCCAGUUCCUCAAACCUUUGAAAAGUCAGAUUAUUUUUCUGUUCCUCUGUUUUUAAACUCAAUGUAAGAGGUUCAUAAAGCUUUCUGGUCAUUUGUGUCCCCAUCACAGGUGGACAUCAGUCUGGGCAUGGACACCGGCGACCUGUCUGACUUUGUGGAGAAUGUGGAGUGGGAGUGUCACGGCAUGCCUGCGGUCAGAAAUGUCAUGAUGUAUGGCUGCUGCUCCGACCCUUACACUGAAAUCACCUACACCCUGCUGCUGAAGCGACGCUCCUCCUUCUACAUCUUUAACCUGCUCCUGCCUUGCUUCCUCAUCUCCUUCCUCGCUCCCCUUGGUUUCUAUCUGCCGGCCGACUCAGGGGAGAAGGUUUCCCUCGGGGUGACGGUGCUGCUGGCGCUCACUGUGUUCCAGUUGUUGGUGGCUGAGAGUAUGCCGCCUGCAGAGAGCAUGCCCUAUAUAGGUUUGAUACAUCUUUGGCAUUCACCUUUGAGUUAUUAUCACACUACUUGAAACUUAAGAGCGAUUUCCACAUGAAAUAAUAUAUAAAAUGAAAUGUCACAUAAAUAUAUUGAGUGUUCAUGAUGAGUCAGCAAUUUGAGGUUGUAUUUCAUAAUUCUGACCCAGCAUGGCUCACUUUAUAAGUUAAACUCAUCUAGUUGUGAUUGAAUUUGACUAAACUUCAGCCUAAGCUUAUACAAUAUUUUGUUAUUCGUAUAAAUACAGUUUGUCCUCCUUUGUACAUGUCUUUUUUUCCUUGGCCUCUCCUCCAGGGAAGUAUUACAUUGCCACCAUGACAAUGAUCACAGCCUCCACGUCUCUCACCAUCUUCAUCAUGAACAUCCAUUUCUGCGGAGCUGAGGCCAAGCCGGUCCCUCACUGGGCAAAGGUGCUCAUUAUUGACUACAUGUCCAAAAUAUUCUUUGUCUACGAGGUCGGGGAGAACUGCACCACACCAGAGACCGAGAAGACUCCAUUAUGGCCCGAGGAACCCUUAGGUGAUACGGUUGGCUACCAGGACGACCAUUUCCAUGACUACCAUUAUGACAGUGAACCAUGCAGGUACAGCAAUGGCCACAGCGUACAGCAUUACAAAAAGCAACACAAAGGUCAAGCAAAUGGCAACGUCAAUGGCAACGUCAAUGGCAAUGUCAAUGGCAAUGUCAAUGGCAGUGCUAAUGGUGGCCAUCACCAUUACAACAACCAUAACAACCACGCCUCGAGACUGGAGAGGGGGGAGGGGAGGCGGGAGCACACUAAGCACUACCACCACAUCAGGAGGGACGAGCUAGACUACCAGGCCCCUCCUCUCCCUCGAAAUCUCCAGCACCUGAAUCGAGGUUUGAAGGAGCAGCUUCUGUACUCCACAGAGAAACUUCAAGUCCCAGCAUGCCCCUGCUGUUGCCCCUGUGUUGAGCAUAAAGAGGUACAGCAUCGCAGUACUCCCUUCUCAAAGUUUCAGUGGUAUAUUUGAAAACUUCACACCCACAGACUCGUGCACUUUUAAAGGUUUAGGGAUGAACCAUGAUCAAAUCAUAACAGCACUGUAAACCUGUUGCACCAGCUCUGUGUAUGUUCUGCCAUAGUCUAUAAUGCAAGGUUCACACUAAGCCAUACCUUGAUACUAGCUAGUUUUUAAAUUGAAGUCUGACAAUGUUUGGUUGCACCACAAAGACAGUAAGAGUAACCUCUAAACAAACAUCCCUGGGAUGGCUCACUAAAAAGUACUUUUCUCAAUGAGGUAUUGUGGUAUAAUGACUGCGACCAAGCAGGCUAACAGCCGAAAGUAACUUGGAGUGAUCAUAUUUUUAUUUCCAAAAAAACAGGACUUGACCUGGCAAUGAGAUUUUCUAUAUCUUUAGCUUUCUUCUACAGCCGAGUGGCCCAGUGAAAAAUGAUGAAAACAAGGACAUCUUCAUCACUUUAUAAAAAUCAACCAGGGCGACCGGGACAGGCCGUAAAAACAGGGCAUGUCCCAGGAAAACAGGAUGUUUGGUCACCUUAAAGUGAGUGCUAUUAAUUCCUGUUAAAUAGCUAACAGCACUAUAAAGGUAGGCGAUGUUAAACAUGAUGAAGCAGCCAGAGUAUCAAAAAUUGUUGGAUAUUUCUAGAGAGAGAAAACAAGCGACCACUUGCUGGAAAUAUCAACAGCUUCUCCUCAUCCUUCAAAUAAUCCUAACUUUCAUAAUGAUCCAAUUGAGCAAUAGACGGCUAAUAGACAUCUAGUUUGUUUUAGACCUAAUUUCAACCGUCUAGAUUCUGUAUAUUUUUAGACAGAAUUUAGACGUUGCACUUUAACCCAUUAUUCGAUAACUAUUUAUGUCAAAAAGCAACUGUGAGUUGCAUAACUGAUCUCCAAGUGCUAAACCAAAAAUAAUUAUGAUAGCCAUUGAGCAAUAUACAGUGUAGAAUAGAUAUAGAUAGAAUUUAGCUGUCUAAAAAACAGCUUAGUGGGAUGUGAUAUGACAAGCAAUGGAGAGAGGACUUUACCUGUAAGAUCUGGGUUGUAAUCCAUGCAUAAGUGGAACUAUCUCAGCUGGUGUAGCUUCCAUCAUGUAAAUAGUGCUUAAAUUUGGUUCUAAAUUAGAAACACGGUUUUAUUGGGGCACAUUUAAAUUCAUGCAUAGCUGGUACAACCCAGUGCUGACACAGACUUUUCAACCCCUGACCCUUUCACCCUUUCAUUGUUGAUGCUUAAUCCUGGUUCUCCAGUAAAUAAAUUUGUCCUGAGCAGUGCAGGAGACUAAAAGUAAAUGGACAUCAGUGCUUUUCCAGUCUUCCUAACCCAUUUAAGCACAUUUACACAACAUGUUCCUUCAUCCGCCAUCCUUUUACAAACACAUUUUCUCACUGUUAGCAGGGGCGACUGUAAGCAUCUGUCGACUUGCUGGCAAUGAUGGUUAUUACACAUUAGUAGAUCUAUUUUUAUUCUUACUCAAAGGAGAUGUUAGCUUGCAUAUGGUCAUGGCUUUCCUGAUUUAAAACUCACUCAUAUUUGAAUGCUUGGUGUCAGUCAAUUCUACCAUUGUUUUUGUGCUCAUCGCAGAGAUCACGACUUUUCAGAGGUUUCUCAGUUCACCCGACUUUCUUUUCCUCAGGUGGUGAAGAACAUCCAGUUUAUUGCCAACUACUUCCGUGAGCAGAGAGCGACUUGUGUGAAGGUAGCGGAGUGGAAGAAGGUUGCAAAGGUGAUGGAUAGGUUUUUCAUGUGGAUCUUCUUCUUCAUGGUCUUCCUCAUGAGCAUUCUCAUUAUCGCCAAGGCUUCCUGA